AUGUUGACAUUGUUACCUCCAGAAGUUCUUGAACAUAUUUGUGAAAAGCUAAACGGUCGCGAUCUCAAACACCUCUCACUUACAUCAAGAUGGCUCCAUCAAACUACCUUCCGCCAACUCUGGCGUUCCAUCACGAUCAUUCCACAUUCUUCACGUGACCGUCACUGCAUCACACCUUCAGGUCCUCCACAGCAAUGCCUACAGCCAACAAGAGAACUGCGUUUUGAUGUCGGCGUUGAAGCAGACCCGAUGCAUUGCGUUCAUGCGUACGACUGUCUAGGAUACAUGGGGAACUGGCUCGAGAAAGACCCGCGACUGCAUGAUACCUGGGAAGGAAGGAGUGAUAGUUUUGGGUAUGAACGUGGUAGACUUGUGCGUGUCAAGUAUGAGUGUCUUGCGCAGAGGACUAUGGCGAUGCUGAGGCGUUUCGAAGACGGCCAACUGGAAACAUUUGUCUGGAACUAUACCUCUUGCAUCCCGUCAGAGGUUCUCGAAUACUUGGCCCUCAAGCACCCAUCCAUCCAAGGUCUCAGCCUUACAACAGACCCCUUCUGCAGCAGAUUCAAUCGCUGGAGCCGAACAACAGACUUGAACCUCUCUGGGUUUCACAACGUUCGAUGGUUUAGCUGGAGGGCUCCAAUGGGAUGUCACUUCAAUAAUAUCGCUAACGUAGUGAAGACGAAUGCUAAUCAUUUGGAAGAACUGGAGGUCGACUUGCAGUGCUGGUCUCGGCAGUGGGAGGAUAGAGAGACAAGAGUCAUCAGACACAAAGGUGAUUCGGAAGAGUGGGAUAAAGUACCUGCGAGUACUAUGCUGGCUCGCGACAUGUUUGGUCUCGGUUCCGAAGAAUCCACGAACACUUGUUUUCCCAAGAUGCGGAGCUUGAAACUCACAAGAGUACUAUUGAAAGACGAGACUAUGAACAAGACGGUUACUGCAAUAUCCAUCAAUCUCGCGGGACUCACCACGUUGGCACUGAGAAUGUGUCCAUAUUGGGCAUUGCUCCUCAAGGACAUGGUACAAUCUACGACACCGAUCAAAGUAAAGUCAUUCGAGAUUCUUGACUUUUACUUACAGACACCAAAUGUGACUGCUGUCAGCAAGACAACCGCGAUUACAGACUUUCUUGAGUCUUUCGACGGACUGGAAGAAUUAUACAUCAGUCAUUGCGGUCCAACACCCGUUCUUGAGUUCUGGGAUCACUUGUCAAGACAUGCUUCGACGUUGAAAGCAUUUGUGCAUCAUCAGAGAAUCACGGAUCAGGACGAUGAACUCUUGCUUUCACGAAAAGGAAGGGAUUUAUUGGAUCCUGCUAUAUCUGAGUAUGACCUUGAACGUAUUCGACAAGAUCCGACACAAAAUCCUCUUUCGAGGUUGAAUCUGGAGUUCAUUGGGUUGACGUGUGCGCCUGAGUACCUGAAAGAUAUACUACUUCCAUUCAUCUCGAAGCAUUCACUCAAGGUCCUUCAUAUUCGUAACACAGGAGCAAAUGCAGGCACAAGCCCUUCGUGUGUUUUUGACAAAGCCUUGGAAUCGAAAAUCACCGAUGCUGAACAAAGCGGUGCAUCCGUCAGCGAUGUAAUGAAAGACAAUGGCAUACAAGGGGAGAUUAACAUUGGUGUCGGAGAAAGAAGGGAGUGGAAAACAGCGCCGUUGAAGAAGUCUUUCCGAGUCUUUGCAGACUGGGUCUUUGGUCCAGAAGGAAUCAAGUCUUUGGAGUAUAUUGUUGCAGGUGAUCUUUCACACGGAAGUAGAUACUCUGAUAGCAAUGCACUGAUAUGUAGAUCUACUGAAGGGUGGAGAUACCGCGUUAUAAGCCAGAAUACUGGUGGAGAGGAAUGGGUUGACGUGAAGAGUAGGUUUGGAAAAGCCCUCGAAGUAUGUCCCGUGGAGAACAUUGUUCCUGAGUAUAAUUAG